AUGUCUUCGCCUGAAGAAUCUCCCGCACAGCGGGCCGCGCGCCAGCGGCGUGAGCGUCGCGAGGCAAAGAUCAAGGCUGGUGGAAGCGCUCGACUCGACAAGAUCACCAGUCUCAGCGGACGGACACCAGCGAGCACUCAUGAUAAUAUCUCUCCUUCGCCAUCACCGCAGCCUCCGUCUCGCACAGAUUCACCAGCGAUACCGCCUAGUCUAUCCCCCGAAGCAUUUUCUCGACCCUCGCCGCCCGUGGAUGGUCCCUCUGGUGAUGACAUGCGUGCACAGCAAGAGUAUCUAAAGGCCCUACUACGAUCGAACCCGGCCGAGCAACAAAACCAGCAGCAGAUUGACCAGGACCCCAUGUUAAAGCUACUGAGCUCCAUGAUGGGCGGCAUUCCCGGCGCAGAAAACACGGCUCCUGGUUCCGGGCUCACACCUCCGCCUCCAGGGAACAAUCUCAAACCAGAUGAUUUGGCCGGCGCUCUGGGAAUUCCACCCUUUCUAUCCAAGUUUCUACUGGGGGGCGGAUCUGCACCCAUGAGUCCGGCACAGAAGAAACAGGAGCGCGUGUGGAAGCUCCUUCAUACUGUGUUUUCCCUGCUUAUCGGCGUGUAUUUGGUCAUUCUGGUCGGAUCGUCGAUCGCGACGUACGGAGGUAGCCCGCCGCCUCCUGCAGCAGCGCAGAACCCGUUUGUGGUUUUCAUGACUGGGGAGCUAUUGUUGAAUGGGUUGGGAAUACUAUUGGGGACGUCUCAGCAGGGAACUCUGGCCUUGGGAAAGCAACUUUUUUCCAGUCUAGUCCGGGACGGCAGCAUCGCUGUUUUUAUCCUUGGCGUAGGAUCGUGGUGGAAUGGAGGAUGGCAAGUUCUGGGAAGCUACUAA